GGGCGACAUCUGCAGCAAAAAGGGAUUCGAUCCCUUAUUGUUGCUGGUCCGGUUAUUGUAUCCAGCCUAUUUUAUAUUAAAAGAGAAAUAUGAUUAACUGAUCUUUGUACAGGAAGUAAAAUUACACAAUUUCCAGAAACUUUCUGUGUCAGCUAAAAAUUACCUCACCCUAGUUUCCACGAGGACUGACAACAUUUAUAAAAUGGUACACGUUAGAUAAAUCUCUUUUUCAACUGAUUCGGUAGAAUAAUAACUUGACAAAUUUUAACUGUUAUCUUCAAUACUUGAAACAUAAAUCAUUUUCUGCGUAGUAUCCAAGUUUGAUUUGUUACUAUUCCAACAUAAGCGUCCCGACAUUUUGAAUUUUCCAGUCACUUUUUGCCUUUUGAUCGAUAUUUAACCAGUGGCACAAACCUUUUUUGAUAGGAGUUAUUUCGAUUAUGGAGAAAUUUUCUUAGCUUGCCUUUACGCAUAUUUGAAAAUAUUAAAAAAACCUUUAAAUUGAUAAAUAGAGCAUUUUCAGUUUGGGCGUGACCUAUUAUUGAAAGGGUGAUUCUUAUCCAAGUACGGCAAACCAUUGCUUGUUUAUAUGAUAGAAAUUGAGUGUGCUCGUGUGAUGGAAAGACAGCUCAGAAUUUUUCCGACAGUCUGAUGCUUAGGGUAGCUUCUCGCAAAUUUAUAUUGUGAAUGCCUCUAAAAAUUUCAUUUCUUUCUAGACCAGUAGAUAUUUCAGCUUCAUCCCGUUCUGUUCCCCUUUAGAGAGAGGUCUGAUAUGCUAAAUUUGAAAUGUGUAUUGGUCAAGAUGAGUAAAAAAUAGGAAACUCGCCGUAUCUUGAUAUUGUUUCUAUACGAAUAUCUUUGCAGUUUUACCCACUGCAUCUUUAUAGACACCCUGUCACCCAGUCAGUUACUUGGUACUACGUGAUAUCUUGUUACCACCACGCUAUCGUGGCACUGCCAUUUUCCUAUAGGAUAGGGGUACUGUUGACAUUACACAACUGUACCCAGUCUGGUAUGAGAAGAUCACUUAGGCAUGCGUGGUAUAAUGAAAAUUGUUCUAUCCCAUACACACCGCUUCGAAACCUUGCAAACGAGAUUCUGACUUGUGGCACUAAGGAAUUACAGUUUUAAUUACAGAAGAAUUCAAUCCUUCUUUAGUGAUGCUUUAAUGAACAAAUAAAACCAAGUUUAGUCGUUUUUGGAACCCAACCUUGGAGGGUCUUUUACCAUUUAGGUGCGAAGACGUAUCCUUUAUGAAUCGAACAUUAACCUACUCUGGGUACCAGAGUCUGUGGAAUUUGAGGGGGGGGGGUGGUUAAGGAGAAUGGAGAGAAGUUUCAGCUAUCGCGCCAAUUUUGUUUUUUUUUUGUUUCUCUCAGGAAGGUUUUCAAAGUUCUAGCUUAUUCGCAGCAAGACAUGAAAAACUUUCUAGACUCACUUUCCUGCAGUGGAGUUAAGGUGCCUUCAUUUUAUUUCAGAAUAGUACUCACAUAACGAACAAAAUGAAAAUAUUCAUUUUAUCUCAUCAAUUUGCUUAAAUUGAUGUGAAAGUAAGUCGGAAACGGAUCAGCUACUGCAUUGAGAGAAUAAGCAACGAUGCAACAAGGAACCUUGACAUUUCUUGUACAGAUUAUGUCACUAUUUCGUUCCUUUAUUCAAAUCCAAAGGCUGUGUAUAAUGGGGAGGUUUUCCAAUCACACAGAGAAUAUCUGUGCCUAGUAUUUUCUUUGAUGUGUGUAGUGAAACUUGUCGUUUGCCUGAGAACCUCGUAGCAAAAAACGCUUGAUAAUGACCAAAUAUGAAGUUAAAUUUAAAUUGGUGCGGAUAUGAAUUGUAUUCAUGGGAGUCUUUGCUGAAAAACAUUCCAGGUUCUUGUCACUGCUGUCCUACCAAUACAGUAAUGAAUCUGAAUUUUCCAACUAACGUUUGGCCUAAGUUCUUUUGAAACAGCUAGCCGAAUUCAAAAGUAUCAGCAGGUCAGUGCGAUUGAAACAGGUCUUGAAAUGACAGUAGAUUCGUUUAGAAAAACUAAGCGUGUAUUGAUUAACAACACAGGUACUUUUGGAGGCACGAAACGUGCUGUUUUAUAAACGUAUUGUACCAGCACUGAUCUUCGGCAGGUUUAGUUCAUUUCGUUAGCAAACAGCGUAUUAUUGAUUUGUCGUUUCAACAGAUAAUAUAGGUCCAUUUCAGCAGAAUUCCUCCCAUGUUCGCUGAUGUGUAUUAGGAGUCAGUAAUUUCAAUCAUUGUCGAACGGAUUCAUGUUCUAGAUGUCUAUCAGUAGCCUCUCUCUCGUGAAAUUUCCAAGAAAGCUUGUUUUGAAUGCAAAAGGGAAUGAAAUGCAAAUGAAAAACUUCUGUUUCCUUGUCUACCAACAAAACAUUGGCCUUGAGAUUUGAGCUCAACGAGUUUAGAGUCCCCGGUUUACAGCAAAAAUUAGCAGUCUCUUCUUCUUAACGAAACGUGUAUCAACAACUUUUUUCAAUAUUAAUAUCUUUUCAUAGAUCAGUCUUCAUGAAUGCCACAGUUGCUGUGAAGGAGGUUUUUAAUCAAACUUGUUCUUCGGAACAAAGAAGCCAAGAGCGUCAGAAAAUUUUUAUCCGUGAUUAACGUAAUAUGCUGCUUAAUUUGAUUUUCCAGUUUAUUCGGUUUAAUGUAUUUUUAUGCACAAGAUUUCCUUUUUUCAUUUUAAACCUAAGAAGGUGUAAAGUUAAAAACUUCGAUUUGGCUCCAAUCCUUUGCUACUGCCACGCAGUUACAUGAAUUUUAUUUGAAUGAACAGAAGGCGCACGCUGCUGGUGUUGACUCGUUGCUUUGUUUUUGUUCCGCGUGUUCUUUUUGUUCCUAAUCGCUGUCUUUUGUUUGAGUCUCGUGCACACGCUUCACGCGUAUAGAAGACAACAACAAUAUCUAACCGCCUUCAGCGUAGCAUUUUCAAAAUGGCCGCGAAACUGUAGGACGGAGUUUGAAGGCAGCUUCACAGCACUAAUCAGGGGACGUAAAUAGUUAGGAGAGACAGAGGGAUUUGAUGUUUAAGGACUCAAUUUUAUUCCCUUGAGGUGUAAAGACGCUUUCUGCAUCGAUGAAACUUGCAGGCUUUGAAUUGUCCGCUGUCUUUGGAAAUUUGGAAUGACUCGAUUGAACAGCACCUUUCGCUCUGGUUGUAAAGUCUAUAAUAGAACAAUAAAAGAGGAGAAGCAAGCUGAACAGGCCUAUUGCCUCAGAAAAAGUUCUCGUAGUGUUUCGAAGCAGAGUCAAGUUAUUUUGUAUUUUGACAAGACUUUGAUCAGGACUGGUCGACUGUUUGGAACAAGAUUGCAUGAGCGCUCGACUCGGACUAAGUCGACCAGCGAAAUUAAAGUUCGUGGUAUGGAUGUGGCGAGACAAAGCAACAUGGAGGAAGGCUUGCAGGUUAAGUUGUUGCCGUGGAAAGACAAGCUAGGAAAGCUGAAUGCGGCGAAAGUAGAUGAAUGCAAACCUUGUGAAGACGACAGUAUUUUACAUAAAGUCUCUAGCGAUUUUUGCCGAAAUGGUACCAAUGAAAAACACCAAGAGCAGCAUCGUUCUCGCAAGAAGCCAAAAGAAUGUGUAGAACAGUUAAAUGGCGAGGGUAAAAUCGAAGAUGGCGUUAAAACGGACAAUCGAACGAACUUGAAUGCGUUAUCCGUAAAGGAAACACUUGAGCACAAAGACAUCGAUAAUUUAAUUGAAGAACUUAACGUAGAUUCAGAAAAGGUUUCAAGCAAAAAUUAUAAAGAAAUUUCGCCUGUGCGUGUCAAGAAAAACGGUGAUUGGAAUGGACAUUUAUUGAAUAACAAAAAGCGGACCAAGCCCUCUGCAGCAAGCCAUUGUGGUUAUGAAAAGAGCAUCUCCCGCCAGGACGAAAGAACUUUUGAAAGUAGGCCUAGCGUUUUAAAUUUAACCCCUGAUACCAUUCACUCUAAAUCUGACAUUGAUUGUGAGAAAAUAGAAGAACUGAAAACGAAAAAUGCUAGCUUUAGUAAUUUACCAAAAAAUGGACAAUGUAGUUUUGAAAAGCUACAUACUUUACACAUGGAUAAUCACUCUCUAAGUUUUGCAGCAAGUCAGUUAGUACACAUAGAUGCCUUAGUGGAAAAUUUUGAGAAGAAGUUUAUUUAUUCAAGCCAAGUUUCCACUGUUAAUAAUACGGAGGCAGGGGUGUUACAAAAGAGCAUAGGGGCAGAAACUUGCAAUUGCAGCACAAUGCUAUCGGAAGAACAGUUAGAAAGAAGUUGUCAUUGUGAUGAAUUAGUAAAAGACAAAAAAAAUGGUGUUCAAGAAAACCUUUUAGAAAAAAGGCCCAAAAGAACUAACAGGAGUUUAAAACGGAAUAAUGAUUAUGAUUAUGUAACAGAAAUGAAACCAGUGAAAAGAAAAAAGAUGGAAAAGAAUGAUUUGGUGCAAGGGGACAAUAGAAAGGUAUCCAAAUCAAGCUCUGCAAGAGGAAAACGGAGAUGCAAUGUCUCUAAUAAAAAAUCAGGAGCUCUUUCAAAAUCAGAUGACUUUGUUAGUUGUGAAAAAGAAGAUGAGAAUUCAAAUGAAAAUAAGUAUGUAAAUGUUGAAUAUGUGUUAGGUGUUCGGCAUAGUGAUUCAAGCAGCCCACAGGUUCUUGUGCAGUUUAUGGAUGAAACUAGUAAUUGGAUUGGGUUAUCAGAAAUGGAUGCCCCUUUGUCUAGUGUCUCAGAAUACUUUUCAUGUCCGAAUCAAGACUUGUCAAUAUUACACAGACUACCAUCUUCUUGGUUUGGAACAUUUACCAGUUCAUGGAAACCAAGGAAGCCUCAACCCUCAGACUUUGUAGACAAUAGAAUUUGUGAUAACAAUAAAGGAAAUUUUAUAAGUGAUGGAGCAACUUUAUUUGAAGAGGUUGAUAUGAAGAAUAUAAGUUUGUUUCAACACAUGAGUCCUCAUCAUUCCUCAGCAGACAAGGUAAACUUGGAUGAGCAACUUGAUGAAUCCCCUGUUAUUGAUGAGAGUUUGCUUGAUGAGGAAUUAAAAGAAAAAAUGAAGUAUAAAUUAUCUAUUGUAUGUGAUGAAGAAAACUUGAACCAUGAUGUAUCAAAGAAUUGUUUAUUGAGACAUGUAGACUCUGAUUAUGAUCAUGUUCAUGAUUAUGGUGAUGAACAUUUUUCUUGUGAUAGCAGUGAUGAGCUUCAAUUUAGACCAGAUGAGAAGGCAAACCCAAUAGACAUAAAGACUUUGAAAGAGUAUGUUCCUGAUGCCGCAACUGUUUUUGUUUCCCGAAACGGAGAGCUGGAAGUAUUAGAAUCUGAUCAUGUUGAAAUAAUUUUGAAGCACAAAGAUAAAAGGUCAAAAAGGAUAAGGUCAGAAACUUGUGAUAAUUUGAUUCAACAAUUAGAGGAGAGAAUUGGAGAUGAAAAAUGUAAAUUGGUUGUUAUCUCUGGCUUAGAAGAUUAUUUUUCAUCAACAAUGGACAUGGAAAAACUGAUAAAGUUCCCUGCAGAAUCUGAAAAGACAAGAUAUGAUGAGAAGAUGGCUAAUUUAAGGUAUCUUUUUCAAACUCUUAAGCACUAUCCAAAGCCAAUCAUAGCCAACAUCAAUUCAGCUGCAACAGGACUUGCUGCUGCACUCCUUUCCCUUGUUGACAUUGUUUAUGACCAGUCCCAAGAACUCACAAAGAAGAAUGGACUUUGUAUCACCAAACCCCAUUUGCCUGUUCUGGCACCAAAGCUGAUGGGUCUUCACCACAAAAAUGAAGCACUGUUGAUGGGAGAACUACCUGAUACAAGUUUAGAGGAACAGCUAAAGCAAGUAAACAAUAUUUUUAGAUCUUGCAAGUUUUCAGAUGAUAUUGCAUCAACACUAAAAGAAAUGAGAAACAAUGAGAAACUAUCCUUUGAAAGGCCUAGCCCGAAAAAGAGAGGUCGUGUUCCAUCGUCAAAUAAAACAAGUCCAACAAUGCCUUUAGAUGUACGUCAUAACAAAUAUGUGAAAACAAGACUAGCAAGAUUAAAAUUCCCUGCAACUGCUGAGCAUGGAUGUAUUGAAACAGUUCUGGAUAAUGAGUUGCAAGAGGCAAUAGACAAGGAACAAGAACUUGCAUCCAAGUGUCUUGAAGAUCUAGCAGAAUUUUGGAAGGAAAUGGCAGACUCCACUUGUUCAUGAUUAGAAGUUUCCUGUCAUUUGCAAGUGGUUUAAAGAUCAUAAUUUUACGCUUAGACACAAUUAUGCUUGUUACAAGAACAUGCUUUUAGAGUUUGUUCAUUCCUGCAAUGUUUUAUUUUUACAUAGUGCAUGCUGGCCAAACCAAAAAGUCAGUUCAGGAUGUUUUAUAUGCUUACAAAGUUCUUGAAACCACUUCGGUUUUUUAUUACAUAAUGCAAAUUUAUAUUGAAUGAAAUAAUAUUGUGUUGCCAAAAAUAUUUACAAUAGAAAAUAUGUAUAUAAACUUACAGACAAAGACCAACUGUCAUUCUGUUGGAGUUUUACAAGAUUUGAUUGUGAAUCUUUGCCUUCUCCUCAUUGUCCCUUUCUUAGAAGUUUUACCUUUUCUCUUUGUUUGUUAGUGACACCUCUUUAAAUAAUUGUUGUCAGGGCACAAAUUUCAGAAAAAUAGUUUGCUUGAGAGUCUUGUCUUAUUGCGGUGUUGUCUGAAAGACAUACCAUUGGAAAUUUUCAGCCAUUUUCAUAUGAUUGCUUGGAAACAACUUACUUAACAGGUUACUUGAAUGACUACUGCACCAAAAAAUUAAAUCCCCUUUGUUCUUUUGAACAAAUCUUCUUUAUAAACUAAUGAUACCGAACUUUUUAAAUAUUAUUUCAUACUUUCUUCUCCUAGUUGUUUAACAUCAUUGAAACAGUGUUGCAUUUUAAAGAUGCAAAAUGAAUUCAUGGUAUCGAAAGUUUAUCAAUUUUAGAUAAUAUGUUGAAUAAUACUUUUCUGCUGUAAAUAAUUGGAAUUGUGAAAUUCCAUGUGAUGUUUUUAACCAAUUGAUUUGCAUACAAUUCAGAUUUAUAGUUUGUUCGAUGCAUUAACUUUGUUAGAUAUUAAUGAGAUUUGUCUUGUCUACAUUAGUAUUCUAAUCUGUUUUUGUAUUUUUUUAUAAACAAUGUU